UACCAAAUCUUAUAGCUGCCUCAAAAAGUUCCAAUAAUUUUCAAAUACAAUCAAACCACAACUUGAUUGCCAUGUACUACACCAAUCAUGCAAUCUCUCUCUCUCUCUCUCUCUCUCUCUCUCUCUCUCUCAUGUGUGUGUGUGUAUACAUAAUUCUACAUGAAGCACAAUCAUGGUGUUGACAGAGUUCAGCUGUCGUCGACUGCAGAAGAAAAUAUAUCCAGUUGAACACAAGCUAGCACUACAAUAUAUCGUUUGUUCAUGAGAAAUUGCUGGGUGUAAAAAAAGCAGAAAGAAAAAGGAGAGAGCAGCAGCAGCAGCACCAGUAAAAGUAUAAUAGACAGGAGCAGUAGAGUGGCUGCAGCCCACAGAAGCACAAACAAGAGAAAAUAGUAUUGGGAGAGAUUGGUUGCGAGUUUUAAAAGAGUUGGGAUCUCGAGGCCUCAAAAUUCAAACAUCUGGUAACUCAGAGACAGCGACUCCACAAUUACAGGGGGGUCGGUCAUAUUCAACAAUAUCUCAAUUCAUCUUGCUUUGCUUCCAUUGCAUUCAAACACACCACUGGAGCUGGAGGAGUUGAAUUGCUUUGCUUUGGAAUGUGGAUGCUUCAUCCUGUCUGCAUAGUUAACGAGAAAAACUCGGUCCGUGAACUGGGGACUUUGCUGCGGAUUAUUAUUUACUAAAGAAGGUUGCCUGCAACUUCGAGUGAAGGAGGAGGGUCUGGAGGAAAUGUGGAACUUUGGCCUCAAGUGACAGACAUGCUGAGCUCUGAUCAAUCUUAUGAUGAAGAAAAUGAUGUGUUCUUCGACUCGGAGGACUUGUCACCUACACGAUCACUCAUAGCGAGUGAGGAGUACAAAAUUUGGAUGAAUGAGCCACCAAGUGUUAAGGAGAGACGGGAGAGUUUUCUGCGAAAAAUGGAUUUAGUUGAGUUUGAUUCUGCAAAGUUUGCUUCUGUGGAUAUGGGAUUGGAAAGAGUUUCGGAAUGCAGUGGAGCUUCCCCAAGCUCUUGCAUUUCGUCUUCUAGUCGUCAUCAAGCAAACUUUAUGUAUAAUACAUUGGAUAGUAACAUACAAGGUAGCUCAAAUUUGGCCUGGACUCACGAUGCAGUUCAUAUUGCUUCACCUUCUGCUACGGGUUCUGCUCGGAGAGAAGCUGAGGCUCCAGAAAAAGAAUGUUGGAAUUCACAGGAGGGUGAAAAGAAGACGAAAGUUUGGUGGAAACAGUUUAUAAACAAGAGGAAGAGAAGAGGAGGUAAAGUUGUGUCAGAGGUAUCGAAACCAGAUACUGAAAUACCGAAACAAAAUAGGAUGAUGGUCAAGCAGAAUGGUAAGAAGUGCAUGGAGUUCACUGCACUAUGCAGCGGGCAAGAAAUUCAUGCGCACAAGGGGUUCAUUGGGGUGAUGAAGUUUAGUCUCGAUGGCCAGUAUCUCGCAACUGGCGGUGAAGAUGGGAUUGUAUGCAUCUGGCGUGUUACAUUAACAGAUGUUUCUUGUACCUACUUAACACCUCAAGGGAACUUUGAUGGCAAACUUAAGAAAAUAAAGUCCGGUUAUCGCGUGAUCUUUCCUGAAAAGGGUUUUCGAAUUCAGGAGUCACCGCUGCAAGAGUUUCAUGGCCAUUCCAGUGAUGUGUUAGACCUGGCUUGGUCGAGUUCAAAUUAUCUUCUUUCUUCGUCCAUGGAUAAAACUGUUCGUCUGUGGGAUGUUAGUUGCGGUGACUGCCUAAAUGUUUUCGAUCACAAUGACUAUGUGACGUGCAUUCAGUUCAAUCCUGUCAACAACAAUUAUUUCAUAAGUGGAUCGAUAGAUGGGAAAGUUCGAGUUUGGGGACUCUCUGAUAACCGAGUUGCUGACUGGGCUGAUGUUCGAGAUGUUAUAACUGCUAUAUGUUAUCAACCAGAUGGAAAAGGUUUCGUGGUUGGUUCCGUUACAGGCACUUGCCACUUCUAUGAAGCAUCAGGGGACUAUCUUCAGCUGGUUGUGCGAAUGCGUAUUCAUGGUAGGAAGAAAACCUCUGGCAACCAAAUCACUGGCAUCAAGUUUUGCCAGGAAAAGUCGCAGAGAGUUAUGAUAACAUCAGAAGACUCGAAAGUCCGUAUAUUUGACGGAGUAGAACUUACAAGGAAAUACAAAGGUCUUGCAAAGUCGGGAAGUCAGACGUCAGCUUCUUUUACAUCGAGCGGGAAACAUAUAAUUUCAGUUGGAGAGGACUCACGUGUUUAUUUGUGGGACUAUGACGAGCCGUGUGUCUCAUCAUCAUCCAAACAAACGAAAUCUGUUCAAUCCUGUGAGCAUUUCUUAUGCGAAGGUGUGUCUGUCGCGGUACCUUGGCCAGGCAUGAGAAGAGAACAAAGGAGCUUGGAAACACCAGGCCAUCUGGAGGCUGCUCCAGGAAGCAGAGAUUCAGAAUGUUUUUCUCUUGGAAAUUGGUUUUUCUUAAAUGGUCCGUGCAGGGGUGGCUCUGCAACUUGGCCCGAAGAGAAACUUCCUCUGCCUUUAUGGGAUUUACCGGUCAUACGAGAUGAAAAUGGUCAGUGUCACUGGCAACGUCAAGUUCACCAUCGUCAGCAGCAGCAACACAAUAGAGCACUCAAUCACACCGCUGAAUCAGAACCAUGGGGGCUUGUCAUUGCAACAGCUGGAUGUGACGGAACAAUCAGGACAUUCCAUAACUACGGAUUGCCAGUCAGAUUGUAAGAGUUGGUUUGGAUCACCCUGCACUGGCUCCAACCUCACUGAAUCAACACGCAACGAAACACAACGCAACAAGAGUUAAGCCUACAUUUCCAUGUUUUUUCAUGUCAGUCGAGCGUCCGUGGCAGUGCCCAUGAAGAUGUAGGUGGCUUAAUUAUGUAGUUUUUCAAUCUUUACAUUUUUUUGUGAAUAUUAAUUUGGCGCCGACAGCAUAGGAAAUACGUACAAUUACACAGUCGUCCCAGCCAGAAUAGGACUAGAGUCGUUUUCGCAGAGCAGAAAUGAAUACUCAUAUUGUACAAUUUCAAUUAUUGUUUUAGCCAAUCAUGUAUAGAAAACGCGCUUCAAAAGCAUCCUUACCUACAGCUUUUGAGCUAUUUAUCGUCCUUGUAUUUUGAGAACAAUGCAAGAUCAACAGCUUACUCAACAAUUCGUCUGUCCUGGUGAAUCUUUUCUAUCAAGCUCCCAAGAGAUGAGAAAGUGGCCUGUUUCAUUUCACACCCAAAUAUUAGAAAGAGAUCGAUGACAGGACAGGGACGACAAAUUGAGGUAUGCAGCCGACUAUAAUACGAUGCAGUUCCUCCCCAUAAAAAUCCUCAUCGAAGUCGUGAAGCAGCCAUGGCUCCUGCAUUUCAAACUACAUGUAAGAAAACAACAAAAGAGCUUGCAAAGGCAACCGAUACUCAUGACCAUUUUGAAGACGCCUCGCGUUGAUAAUCCAUCCCAACCAAAUAAAAUAUACCCCGGAGGGAUGUUCGGAAAGAAGAGAUGAGCAUUCAAAAUAUUAGCUACAUCUGAAAUACAACUUAUAUAUGUCAUCUCAAACUAAGAACAGCAGUUAUAACUCUUUCAUCUUAAGACAAGUAGU